GUGUGGCAGUGGUGAGCAGCAGCAGUGAGUGAGUGUGGAAGUGGUGAGCAGCAGCAGCAGUGAGUGAGUGUGGCAGUGGUGAGCAGCAGCAGCAGUGUGGCGGUGAAGCCGUCCGUCUCGCCAUGUCCUCGCAGCUGAGCGUGCUGCUGUGUGUCGGUGACCGGGCUCGGCUCGCGCUGAUGUCGCGCGGCGCGGGGCUGGAGGAGUCGCGGGCCGCGUUCCGGCGCGCGUUCGCCGGCGAGCGGGAGGAGGCGAUGGCGGCGGCGCUGCGCGGGGACUUCGCCGUGCAGCUCUACAGCGAGCAGUGGGGGAGCUUCGUGGACGCGGGCCCCGAGAUGAGCAUCGAGGCGCCCUGCAGGCUGAGGGCGGUGCCUCUGUCUGGCGGGAGACAGACGUCUCGACCUCUGGGGCUGCUGGAGCCGCACAGCUCCGCGUUCUUCUGCUGCGACAUGCAGGAGCGGUUCCGCCCUGCCAUCAAGUUCUUCGGCGAGAUCGCGCUGGUGGCGCAGAGACUGAUGGAGGGCGCGCGGGAGCUGGACGUCCCCGUCGUGGUGACUGAGCAGUACCCCAAGGGCCUGGGCAGCACCGUACCGGAGCUGAACCUCGCUGGCGCCAGGGCGGUCCUCCCCAAGACCCGCUUCUCCAUGCUGGUGCCCGAGGUGGAGGCUCUGCUCCUGGGGGAGCUCGGCGCAGUCCGCAGCAUGGUUCUCUUUGGCGUCGAGACGCACGUGUGCAUCCAGCAGACGGCCCUGGAGCUGACGGCCAGGGGCUACGAGGUGCACGUGGUGGGCGACGCGACGUCGUCACGCAGCCAGACUGACCGGCUGCUCGCGCUGCAGAGGCUGUCUCGGGCUGGGGUGAUAGUGACGACAAGCGAGGCGGUGCUGCUGCAACUCGUUGCCGACAAAGACCACCCCAAGUUCCGCGCCGUGCAGGCGCUCAUCAAGACCAGUGCGCCCGAGACAGGGUUAGUGCCGUCCCUGGGCUAGCAGGAAUCCCCGGGGGCCAGAGGGCAGCUCGGCAACAACAGCGCCUUGGUGUGUAAGCGAGCACGAGUGGCGGUGCCCGACUUCACGUCACUCGGUCGGUCUCGCCAGAUUGCACUAUUGCCAUCAUAGCUUAGCCAAUAGGGGGGGGGUGACUUCCUUGAACAAGAUUCAGUUCUACUUGAAUAAAGAGCUUUUGAGAGAAAAAACGAUGAGGCGAGAGAAGGAGAAAGAUAAUUGAGGCGACCUGCAGUGUCUGGUGGUGGUGAACGAUGUGGAUGAGAUGAAACGGUGUCUGGCAGACGGUCAUCAACACGGGUGGGGGAAUCAAUAAGUGUAGCUCAUGGGAGCAGUACCCAUGGGAGUCGCGUUAGAUGGGAGUCUCGUUAGAUGGGAGGUUGGUUUUGAGUGCCUUUUACUACUGGGUUUGGUUUCCACUGAUGGCUUAAUCAUAAUCUGUGCUCACGACCGUUACACAAACAGGGGUGGGGAAUCUUUUUUCUGCUAAGGGCCAUUUGGAUAUUUAUAACAUAAUUCGUAGGCCAUACAAAUUUUAAUUUGUUGCUAUGAAAAAAGCUUCUAGAUUUAUUGAAUUUCGAGUCGUGCGGUUGGUUGCCUUGGCAGGGCCAGACCAAAUUAUUUCGUGGGCCUUAUACGGGCCGCAGGCUGGACGUUCCCCACCCCUGCAAUAAAGCAUUGGGGUUGAGCUAUAAACACUCCCGACUUAUUGUUCAGACUUAUUGUUCGGUCCCAAAAAAACACUGUUCAGCAUCACCCAGUGACAUAGACAAAUUGUGUUGAGUUUGAAUGACUUAAAAAACGGUUCAGAUUUUUAUUUGUUUACAAUUACAAGUACAGAUCCCUCUAAAUGUACUAAAAGUCAGCAGCCACGUGGGAGGUAUUUUAUUAGAGGUGUAGCGAGUUUUGCUCACGAUACAGUGCUACCUUAUUAAAACCACAAUGGUAGGAGUAACUCGGGGAAAGUACGACUAUUCCAACAACACUUGGUGGUUCGCAAGUAUAAAAAAACAUUAAAAUCAACUUUAUUACAAAA